AUGCGUCGCUCCGCCGUGGCUCGCCACUCCCUUCCUCCGGCGGCGGCGGCGGCUCUCGGAUUCGGCGUCGCGCCUCCUCGCGCCCUCCAAUCCCUCGCGAUGGCUGCCGCCGCCACCACUUCCCCUCCUUUGGGCAGCUGCUUGCCGCCAUGCCACCGCCGCCGCAGCAGCAUGUGCUCCUCCGCCUCCUCGGCAGCGUCGUCGGCAUCAGCGGCUACGACAGCGCUGGCGGUGGAGGAGGCGCGGCGCGGGAGGAAGCAACUCGGCAUGGAGCCUCCACUCUACGACUACCUCCGCGCAAACGUCCGCGAGCACCCCAUCCUCCGGGACCUCCGGGAAGAGACGGCGGCCAUGAGAGGGAGCCAGAUGCAGGUUUCACCCGCACAGGCUCAGCUUCUGGCGAUGCUUGUGCAAAUUCUUGGGGCGCAGAGAUGCAUUGAAGUCGGCGUAUUUACUGGAUAUUCAUCAUUGGCUGUUGCACUAGCACUUCCUGAAUCAGGUCGCUUGGUUGCUUGUGAAAGGGAUGAAAGAUGUCUAGAAGUUGCCAAGAGAUACUAUCGACUUGCUGGUGUUGCACACAAGGUUGAUGUCAAGCAUGCUUUAGCUGUGGAUUCUCUGAAGUCACUGCUCGAAUCUGGUGAAGCCUCCAGUUAUGACUUUGCAUUCGUUGACGCAGACAAGAAAAUGUAUGAGGAAUAUUUUGAACUUCUACUUAAGCUAGUAAGAGUUGGUGGUUUAAUUGUAAUGGACAAUGUUCUGUGGUACGGAAGGGUUGCUGACCCGCUAGUGAAUGACCCAAAGACGAUCAGUAUAAGGGACUUCAAUAAGAAACUUUUGGAGGAUACACGUGUUAAUAUCAGCAUGGUGCCAAUUGGGGAUGGGAUGACAAUCUGUCGGAAGCUUGAAGAUGAUUGACUUCAAACAUACUAUGUACUCUGUAGAUGUUGUGGACUUCGCUUUGCCAAGUUUAAGUUCUUCAAACUGUUAGAGACAUCAAACUGGUUAGAAACAAUCAGGUAACGAUGGCAGCUUGGAUGACUGUCUUGAAGAGUACUAACCACCUUGGACGCAUGGAGGAAACAGAAGCUUCCACAGGUCCAUUUCCACAUGGCUUAGAAAAACAUCGACACCACCAGCGCUGAUAGUGUCGCUGAACAGCUACUAACACGAGUAUGAAGCAGAUAUAUCGCUACGGUCUUGGAUUGACUGGCUCACAUCUGUUUUCGCACCCUGCAUUUGAUUUUGUUUCUUUAACAGCAUGCCCUGUACAAGCAAGUAGAUGACAUGCGCUUUACCCAAGAUGCAACAGCGUACUGGCACAACCCAUUUUGACCUUUUCGAUUGCAACGGGUUCUCCCAAAGUUGGGCUUAUUUUUACUCUUUUAGUAAAGUGAUGGGAAAGAAAACGGAGAUGUUGCUGGGAUUUUGGAAUAUGUUAGUCGCUAAUCAGUCAGCU